GUUUUAGGUAAAAAAAAAUGUUGGUGGAAAGUUCAACUGCGUUUCGUAUCAAAGUUUUGUACGCUUCCUCAUGUCACUUUCUUGGUGUGUAAUUUGGAAUGGUGGUGACAAUUAGGAAUCCCAUGGUUUGCGGUUUUCUAUUUGUGUACCCUUUUUUAUAAUUACAUUUUUUGUUUAAAUCAACACGAAUCGUACAGUUUGGUGUUAGUUUACUAGCUUUGUUAAUUCAAUCCAUGGUUAAAAGGAAUUAGUAUCUGGAGAUUUUUCCCUUUUCACUUUGCACCUUUUUUCACUGAUUGCCCUCACCUGUAGAAGAAAGGUCGUGCCUUUACAUGUUCUGCAAAAGCCACUCCUUCUGGAAAAGUUAGAUUUUGUGGUGAAGUGUUUUUUUUUUCUUUCUUUUUUUUUCGUUUUGGAAUUUUCACUGGGCACAAACGAACAAAAUAGGAUAAAAGCAGCGGGACUGUAAAAAGUUGGGUAUAAUUUGUUGUGUGGGCUCUGUGGUGGUGAAAACUGGCGAUAGCAAAAUAAGGGCUUUUGGGUUUUGGGAAAAGCUGUAGGGAUGAGUAUGAGAUGUUGGCGUGGCCAUUUGAACAGUGUUAUUUUCCGUAUUAUACUUUCUUUAGCUUGUCUUCUUCUUAUCUUGCACAAAGAACAGAUGGCGGCCGAUGAAUCUAGUAGCUCUGUGUGGAGUAGAGAGCAAGACAAGCAAUUCGAAAAAGCAAUAGCUACUUAUCCAGAAGCCUCGGCUGAUAGAUGGGAGAAAAUUGCAGAGGAGGUUUGUGGGAAAUCGGUGGAGGAGAUUAAGGAGCACUAUGAGCUCCUAGUCGAUGAUGUCAGCCGGAUAGAAUCGGGUUUCGUGCAAGUCCCGUGUUACAAUACUUCCUCGGAUGGUUCAACCGGUGAUGAGGUGGCAACAGGCAGUUUUGGACAGUCGAGCAAGGCCUCGAGGUCGGAUCAAGAGCGGCGUAAGGGGAUUGCGUGGACCGAGGAUGAACACAGGUUGUUCCUUCUGGGGCUGGACAAAUACGGGAAAGGCGAUUGGCGGAGCAUUUCGCGCAACUUUGUGGUGACACGAACCCCAACCCAAGUGGCGAGUCAUGCCCAGAAAUACUUCAUUCGUCUCAACUCUAUGAACAAGGAUCGCAGGCGGUCGAGCAUCCAUGACAUCACCAAUGUGAGCAGUGGUGAGGUGUCGGUGGGCCAGGGGGGCCCAAUUACGGGCCAGCCCAGUGGCACCAAGCCCAACAAGCCUCCAGCCCCAGCCCCAGCUAUUGGGCAGCCCAUUGGGGUCUCUGCAGUUGGCACGCCCGUCAACCUCCCCCAGCCCAUUGGGUAUGGGCCAGUUGUCCCAGGCGCUCCCUUGACUAUGGGCCCGAUCACGUACCCUGUGCCGCACUCCAGGCGAAGUCGUGUUGUAUUCUGA